CACUCUCUUCGACAGAUCAAACGUAACUGUCACUAAAACCGCAAAAACCAAAAUGCCUGCUUUCAUCCUGCAAACACCUUCCUCUUCUAGUGAAGAAGACCUUAUCACUAAGUUACAGCCUAAAGAAGUAACUAUAGAUGAUAGAACUGACAGUGAAGAACACGAAAGUUCCAGCUCUUCAUCGGAAGAAGAGAUUGAAUACACAAGACCAUCCUUCAACAUACCACCGGAAUACUGGCACAUACAGAAACUGGUGAAGUUCUUGAAAACUGGGAAUCAGGCUGCCACUACAGUCGCCUUAUGUUGUUUGAGGGACCACGAUUUGACCCAUGAAGUACACCAAUUCGCAGUCCAGGACUGUGGAGGAAUAGAAGUACUGGUGAACUUGCUUGAAACUAAAGAGCUUGAUUGCAAAUUGGGAACUCUUUCUUUAUUGGUGGAAAUGGCUCAAAAUGAAACAAUACGAAAAUGCCUUGUCGAUUUAGGCUGCGUUCCUUUGCUAGUGAAGAACCUGCUGGAACCAGCUACAGAUCUGAAGAUAUUUGUAGGCGAGGUUAUGUAUCAUUUAGGAUUUGUACCAAAAGCUAGAAAAGAUGUGAGGCACUACGACGGUAUUCAACUGUUUGUAGACCUCUUGAUGGUAGAAGAUAAGAUUUUGAGGACACCAAUGAAGUAUUUGACUGCUGAAGAACAAGAAACCGUCCGGUUAGCUAAGUCUGCUGCAAGAGCACUCUGGUCACUCUCCAAGAGCAAAAAGAACAUGCACAUUAUGAUGAGGAGUGGUUGUGUUGCCUUGAUGGCUAAGCUUUUGGGCUGUGUUCACACAGAGGUCAUGAUACCAACACUUGGGGCUCUCUCCCAAUGUGUUGUACUUCCCCCCUUCCAAAUGGCUGUAUGUACAGAGAGGAUGGUGGACGAUAUAGUGAAAAAUCUCUACGAGGGAAACGCGUCGGUACAGAGGUAUUGUUGUGAAACUAUUUUUUACGCUGCUGAAGGUCAAGAAACUAGGGAUAUGAUCAGACAAGCUGGGGGAUUACAGCCUUUGGUGUCAAUUAUAAGUGAUCCAAAUAACAGGGCGGACAAAGAUCUACUAGCAGCAGCAACUGGUGCUAUAUGGAAGACUGCUAUCACUCCACAGAAUGUUGUGAUAUUUGACAAACUACAAGCUAUUAACGUACUGGUGAAACUCCUGGAGAGUGCAGAUGAAGAUGAGAGAGUCUUGAGCAACGUGGUUGGUGCUCUUUGUGAAUUCUUGAGGUUUUCCCAUAACAGAGAUGUUUUGCGAAGGUCUGGAGGUAUACCUUAUAUGGUGAAUCUCCUUAAUUACACUUAUCCACCAUUACUGGAAAAUCUACCGAUGGUACUAAGAGAGUGUGCAGAAGAUGAAGAUUCAAUGAGGAUCAUGGAAGACGUUGAUGGUGUCAGGCUCAUUUGGUCGCUUCUAAAGAACAAAUCUCUUCAGGUUCAAGCCAAUGCUGCUUGGUGUUUGGUGCCUUGCAUAAGAAACGCCCAAGAUUCUGGAGAGAUGGUAAGAAGUUUUGUGGGAGGGUUAGAGAUAAUAGUACAGCUUUUGAGAUCGGACGAUGUCAGAGUUCUUGGAUGUGUUUGUGCAGCUAUAGCCGAGGUGGCUAAGGACAUUGAGAAUCUAGCUGUCAUAACAGACCACGGAGUGGUGCCAAGACUUGUAGAUUUGAUAACCACAGACGAUGUGUUUCUCCGAGAGCACUUGUGCUCUGCUAUUGCAUUCUGCUGCGCUUGGGGAUCUAAUUGCAAGAUGUUUGGGAGGUUAGGUGCCAUUACACCCUUAGUGGGUUACAUGGCGGACAACAACGAAAAAGUUAACAGAACUGCAGCUAUAGCUCUGUAUCAUAUGUCGGAAAAUCCUUUCAAUUGUAUAACAAUGCACGAGAGUGGAGUUGUGAUAUUUUUAUUGAGGAGUGUAACAUCGGAAGAUCAUGUGUUACAAGAAGCUGCAGCUGGUUGUUUGGCUAAUAUAAGAAAGUUGGCUCUGGAAGCAGAAACUACGCAUCUUAUUAGAAAGAAGGAGUCUUCAAGUGAAGAAGAUUACGACUGAAUUUUGUGAAUUUUUAAUGUUUUUGAUAUUAUCUUCAAUUUAUGUUUUAUAUUUUUGUAAUUAUUUUUUAUUACGUCAAAUAGAACUAGAUGAAUAGUA